AUGGAAACUGGAAUUUUCGUCCGUCGGCAUCAGCAACUGCAAAGAGUUCACGUCAUCUAUUUCCGUGCGGGAGAGGCCAUUUUUCUUGGAAGCGUUUUUGGAGAAGGGAGGCGUUAUGCUCACAACCUACGAGAUGGUCCAAAAUAUUUCGCCACAAACCGAACCGCGUUGAAUGUGCACCCUGGUUUUAAAGCAUUGAGAUUUCACCAUUGCAUCAUUAUGACGGGAACUCCCAUCCAAAAUGAGCUCAAGGAAUUGUGGGCUCUCUUUGAUUUGUGCUGCUGUGGCUUACUGGGAGAUUACAAGGAGUUUCGAGCCCAGUACGAAAAGCGCAUUUUGGAUGGUAGCCAGUCCAACUCAUCAGGACACCAGAAGCGAUGUGCAAAUGAAGCCAGUGCUGCUCUUCGUGAGAAGAUCAGACCACAUUUUAUGAGACGCAUGAAGAAGGAAAUCUUUCCAAGCCUUCUUGCAGGAGACAACUCAUCCGUUAGCCGUCAUGGUUCUGCUCUUCCCAGGUUGCCACAGAAGCAUGACCUGAUCGUCUGGUUGAAGCUCACAAACCGUCAGAUUCAUAUGUACGAGACCUUUCUAAUGUCAGACGCUGUCCGGAACGUUCUGAACAAGACCUCGUCGCCAUUGAAUGCGAUCACUGUGCUGAAGAAAAUAUGUGAUCAUCCUUGCCUUCUCUCGGAGGCUGCUCUGGAAGAAGUAAAGGAAAGCAUCGAGCGGGAGACCACUCAGAACGGAGAGGCUAUUUCCGCCGCUGUGCAACAAUUCCUUGACGAUCCAAGCAUCAUGGCUGACCCUGGUGCCUCGUGCAAGAUUAGGAUGUUCAAAGAGCUUGUUGUCUCGCUGGUCAAUGACGGACAUCGAGUUCUAGUCUUCUCGCAGACAAAGAUAUUGCUGAACAUGGCGGAGAGUACCAUGCGUAAGCUGCGCAUUGGUUAUGUCCGGAUUGAUGGAGAUACCAAGCCUGACAUGCGAGAACGUCGGGUUCAGGAGUUUCAACUUGGAGAAAUUCCUGUCUUCAUGCUGACCACGAAGGUUGGUGGCCUGGGACUCACACUUCAUGCUGCAGACUGUGUCAUCAUCAUGGACCCCGCUUGGAAUCCGAGCGUGGACAAUCAAAGUGUUGACCGAGCCUAUCGUCUUGGCCAAGCAAGGGAUGUGGUGGUGUGUCGUCUGAUUACUGCAGGAACCGUGGAGGAGAAAAUUUACCGAAAGCAGCAAUGCAGGUGUUUAAGGAUAGUCUUAUGCGGUCAGCAACAUCUGACAAAAACAAUCUUCGGUACUUCACCAACUCUGAAAAAGGACAUGGUUCAUCAUUUGGACUUCAUAAAGAAGCAGAAAGUUGUUGUUGGUAUUUCUCACCAUGACCUCUUGUUCUCGACGGAGGAGCCAGAACUGCUGGCAGGGAGCCCCACUCUCCCAGAUGCAACGGCUAUCCAGAGGCGUCCUUCAGGGGCCAACUCUUCCACUCGUUCCAGACAGCAUGUCGCACCUGGUGGAGGUCAAUGGAGGGGCGGAACAGGACAUGCCCCUGGGGGGAUUCUGGCUGCAGCAGGUGUGGUUGUUCCGGACAGUUACCAGGUGAACCGAGAGGCUGAGCAGCAUCGCAUGGCCCAAGCUCAUGUGGCUAACCUGUCUGAGAAGCUUACAAGGCUGACGAAGAUGGUCGACAACCCGAAUCUUACCCUGAGGGAUGGUGGCGAGAACCUGAGGAAGCACGUUGAAGAACUGACUGAAGAGCUGGAGAGAGCCAAGGCACAUGCGGACAAGUUGAAGAUGAAGCAAUCGAGCCUGCUCGAUGAGAGCCAAGCUGGAUUAGCUGUUGGUGCUGCUGAAGGUGGCAAGGAUCUGUUGGCGUCAAAGCUUUCAAGUAUGGGUUUGUGA